AUGGCCUCUGCGGCACGUAAACGGGGCCACGGCGGCUCUCCCUCGCUCCUGGCGGCGUCUGCGGAUCCAGGUGCCGUCGCUCCGAUCGUCUCUCGCCACAAGAAAGGUCGGGUUCGUUCAGCCCUACGGAAUUCUUCACUAGACGUGCCGGACGACAGAAUCGACCGGGACGUAUCGCCGGAGCUCUGGAGUUAUCUGGGAGCCGAAUGGCCGACAACAGAAGCAACACCGUAUCCUCUAGUAUAUGGAGACUCCAACGGGUGGGAGGCUACGGCUCGUUUGGAGCCGGAAUUAUUACUCCAUCACUUGCGCCGCUUCUUCUUUCCAGACGAAGUACUUGCUAGCUUGUCCGACACAGUUUUUGUACAGUGGACGGCGCUGUGGCGCCAGGAGUGCUUAUUAUCCGGGCUCCUAGAAUUCCGACAGCGAGUGAAAGAGCUACCCACGGGUGUUUGGCUCGACCAAUGA